AUGCCUAAUUUGGAAUUUAUAAUCACAGCUGAGUUUCACAUUGAUAAGGGUCCAUCUUUAAUGUACCAAUAUCCUCACGAGAUUCCCGGGUUGAAAAGCUUGUAUUUCUUACCAGAAUUGAUGUUACCGGACCAAAUACAUAAACGAAAUGAAGAUUAUACACUUUUUCUACUAUAUAGAAACAUGGUUACUGGGGAUUUCCAAUAUUUAUACAACAAGAAUUCAUGUGAACCAGAUCCAUAUUAUUUGUACACUAUAGUUUUGAAUUUGCACAAUGAUGAAUAUAAACGGGGAUCUCAGGUGAAGAGUUUGUCGAUAAUUACUAAGAUCCCCUAUUUCAAGAAUUUCAAACCGGUAUUGAUGAUUUGCUUAGACUUGUAUUUCAGCAAUAACAAUUUUGAUGUUGUGAAGGAGCUUUAUCGCAGUUUGAAUGAAAAAGAUUUUAGUAUGAGCCAUGAUCCAUCAGACACAGCGGGAGGUGGUAGUGAUCUCAGUAUUGUCAAGAAGAUACUAAUUUCAAGCAUAUUGGAUCUACCCAUAAAUGACAAGAUAUAUUACGAUGAAAAUUUUAGAAAUAAAGUACUUGGUAUUGGCAAGAAUAGAAUCCCCAACGAUACUUUAUUCAUUAGAAAAGAUUUGAGUUUUAAUUCGAUUGUCAACUUCAACAAAAUGAACAUCCCCAUUAAAGUACCAUUAUUAAACUUACCCGAUACUAUUGGAGACUAUUUAAACCCGACAGACUUGAACUUCAAGCCCAAUUUAAUUAAUAUCCUAAACUCCAAGUUAUCUGGGGAACUAUUGAAUAGUGAAAUGACAAUUUAUGGACUUCAAACACCACCCAUUAUCAUUAUAAUUAACGCAGUGUUGACGGGGAAAAAAAUAUUGUUACUUAGUUAUGAAAAUAGUUCAGGUUAUAUCAUUGAUCAUAUACUUUUAAUUUUGAAAAUUGUCACAGGUGGUGGUAUAUUGAGUGGGAUUUUGACAAAUUAUAAUGUGUUUCCCAUCAUUGAUGUGUCCAAAAUUGACUUAUUAGAACAAUGUGAGAGUUUUAUUGCCGGUACAAUAAACCCCUUUUUCAAACACAAUGAUAAAUUAUGGGAUCUCAUGUAUGAUUUGGAUUCAAACGAGUUGAUUAUAAGUUCCAAUAUUGCUGAUUCUUCGUCAGCAAAUGCCAGUUCAGAAUUCAAAAACUCCAUCAUUUCAGAAGAUGCAAGAUUCUUGUCAAGUUUGCAAUUAUCCAUUUUCAACUAUAAUGAUGACUUAACUACAAUUCAAUUAAUAUUUCGUCGUCAUAUCAAUGAAAUUGUUCGGAUUUUACUAAGCUCCAAAAACUUUAACAGUAAUUUGUUCCCCAGCAAUAAAGAUUUGAUACUUUUGCUAGAUGGAAUUGGAUAUUUCUGGUCAAGUGAUACAACAAAAUUGUUGGAAAUGUCCUGUUAUCAAUUAAUUUCCAAGAAGUUUCAAGAUUUAUUAUAUAAUGGGAAAUUAACCUAUAACCUUCUUCUACCGAAUUUGUCCAAUGAAUUGAACCUCAUGAUUGAUUUACAUUAUCAUUUACAAAGUUUGAGCAACAUCUCAGUAGUUAAUGCCAAUUCGAAAAUUAAUGAACGUGAAGUUUGGUUUAAUAUUUUGAAGUUUUUGAUAUCAGGUAAAUCUUUGGAAAUUUUUUUAUUAACGACUUAUUUGAUCCCACCAAGUAGUUCAACUAGUUUACAAAGCUCCUCGGCCCAUGGGGGCAGCUUAACCAUAUUUGAUAAAAACAAAGGAAUCGAAUUACUUUUGAUCAAUCUUUUCAAUUACGAUGAUCAAAUAAAGUCAAAUGUUAUAAUGAUUUUACAAGAAUUACAAGAUAAUUUCUUAUGUGGCUGGUGCCUUGAAUUGUUUUUGAAAAGUAAUACAGUCUACGAGAUUGCUUUUAAUGACUUGAUUAACGAAUAA